UAGAGAGAGCCGAGGAAUUGAGGUGGGGAGGAGGAUGCUGAGUAGGAUAGAGAAGGGGUUGCAUCCACUUUCCUUUACAGAGAGAGAUGGGAAUCAUGUAAGAAGAUCUCAAGGCCACAAGAACUUGUGGCUGAGAAUUGUCCCCUUGCUUACGUGGCACACACAGCUUGUUAAACGGACCAAAAUCAACAAGACCAACGACGACGACGACAACCUCGAACUCGACGCCGAAACCAAAACGACGACGACGACCACUACGCCUACAGCCCCUUCCCCUAGACAACACUACGGAGCGGCGCACAUGAAUCAACACUCAGGUAGUUAGCUUUGUAAGCCAUAGAGCGAGCCUUUCGGAUUUGAUUAUUUUUAUUCCUCGAUUUCCUACAUCUGUCCACGUUUUUCUUCAACCAAAAUGUUGGAACCAAAAGAUCCGGCGAUUAAGCUCUUUGGGAAGACGAUUCCCCUUAUGUCAAACGACGAGAUGUCCGCAGUCUCCACCGAUUCUGACGCUCCUACAGCUGCUAAUGAAGAAAAGCUCCAUAAAGAUCGUCCUUCUGCGACUACUGUUCAGGAGCAAGAUAAUAAAUCAAAGAAAGCAGGGGGACAAGAACAAGAUGAAGAAGAGAAGGAUCAAUCGGGAGGAAAACCCGCCAAGACUGAAGGGGAGGAUGGUAAUGGUUUACCACCUGCAAGUGUGAAAGAGGUGACAGAUCAUGAUACUUCCCUAGUGAUAAAUGAAAACCCCAAAACUCCCUCGGUUGACAAAGAAACUGCAACACCAAAAGCUAGCAAGACUGAAGAAGAACAGAGCGAGACAAGUAUCCCACAAGAGAAGACCCUGAAGAAGCCUGACAAGAUACUUCCAUGUCCUCGCUGUAAUAGUAUGGAUACCAAGUUCUGUUACUAUAACAAUUAUAAUGUCAACCAACCUCGGCAUUUCUGUAAGAAUUGUCAGAGAUACUGGACGGCCGGUGGAACCAUGAGAAAUGUGCCUGUAGGAGCUGGCCGUCGCAAGAACAAGAACUCUGCCUCACACUACCGGCAUAUUACUACCUCCGAAGCCCUGCAAACCAGUCGAGCUGAUGCCCCAGAUGGAGUUCACCACCCAACGCCCAAUGGCACCGUUCUCACCUUUGGCUCUGAUGCGCCUCUAUGUGAAUCCAUGGCUUCGGUUCUGAACCUCGCAGAGAAGACAAUGCGGAAUUGCACCACUAGGAACGGGUUUCAUAGACCAGAAGAGCAGAGGAUUCCAGUUUCCUCUGGAGCAGAAAAUGGGGAUGAUCGCUCAAGUGGAUCUUCUAUCACUGCAUCGAAUCAUACAGAAGAAGGAAAUAGAGUGAGUUUACAAGAGCCAGUGAUGCGGAAUUGUCAUGGGUUUCCUCCUCAAAUACCAUACUUUCCAGGGACUCCUUGGCCUUAUCCAUGGAACUCAGCUCAGUGGAGCUCUGCUGUACCCCCACCUGCCUUCUGUCCUUCAAGCUUUCCAAUAUCCUUCUAUCCUGCAGCGACUUAUUGGGGUUGUACUGUCCCAGGAACCUGGAACAUCCCCUGGAUAUCCCAACCCCCAUCUUCUCCCAGUCCUGGUGGCCCAGGCUCCAGUCCUAAUUCUCCAUUAGGAAAACAUUCAAGAGAUGGAAAAGUGCUAAAACCAAGCAAUUCAGAGAAAGAAGAUCAACUAAAACAGAACAGUUCAGAGAAAUGCCUAUGGAUUCCAAAGACUUUGAGGAUUGAUGAUCCAAGUGAGGCUGCAAGGAGCUCCAUAUGGGCAACACUGGGAAUUAAGAACGACAAGCCCGAUUCAAAAACUGCAGGCGGGCUCCUUAAGGUCUUUCAACCAAAGGGUGAUGAUGAAAAGAAUCAUAUGGCCGAGACUUCUCAGGUAUUGCAAGCCAAUCCUGCAGCUUUGUCUCGGUCAUUGAAUUUCCAGGAGAGAUCGUAGUAGGAAAGCCAAAGAACUGUUGUAUAAAUGUUUCACCUGAGGAGAUGGGAAAUGGAGGAUCCAACUGGUUGAGAUUUGAGACGAACUUCCACCAAACAUUUGUGUGUGACAUGGGCCAUGUUGAAGCACAAAGCUCUCUGUGGAAAUUAGCAAGUAAAGGCUAUUUACUUGAAAGAGGAAUACCAGAGAAGGACCCAUCUCUAUUUUCCUCUGAAGAGGGAAGAGCCAUCCUAGAGUAAUUCAAUAGUCAACUAAUUAAAGCUGUGUUUUUUUUUUUUCCUUAUUGAAGAGAGGUCCUUUUGUUUCCCCAGAGGGUUUGCUGAGUUUAUAUAUAAUGUAUAUACCUAUGUCUAAAAUAGUGAGAAAGAGGUGAAUGAAGGAGUAAGAGACUGUUAGAUGUAACAAAAAUAAAUAAAUCUUUGAAUCCAAGUGCGGAGAAGUUUUUCUUA